AUGAUGACUGUCACACGUGGUUUCAUGGUUUCUGUAUUUUUGUUCCCCGAAUUUCCUCAUCAUUCACAAAGUUGCGUUUUUCUACGGGAAACCAUCGGAAAAUUGCUAAUGCAAUUGCAGAGUGUGUGCCCUGAACAUAUCAAGACUGAUCUAUGCCAUGGAUGAGGAUGAAGGAAAUGCUUUGGAGGAGUUUUCGGCUGAACUGGAAGAGCAUCUGUACUCGAAGAUCCACCAUGGACAGGUAGAUAGUGAGGUGAGAGUGGAAGCUCAGAAGACGGUGACUGCGCCCGGGCAGAAGGCGAAGGGUGGGCGGUAUUUCUCAGGAGCCGUUGCCGGAAAGCAAUGGGUGAAGAAGGUCGGCAAGAAGAGCGCCCCCAUUCUUGGGCUUGACAAACAACCCGUGCUAGAGGGUAGUAAGAGUGCACCUAAGUUCACACCAUAUAAAUCUUUCCUGGAGGGCAUUAAAGUAUUACCUCCGGCUCAGAUACAAAAGAAUCCGAAUAUGAGAAAGAAUCCCGCCAAGAUGUUCCGGAAACCCGAAGAAGUUGUACGGGAAAAUGUCCCAGAGAUACCUAAGAGCAAGAAAAAGAACCGCCGGAAGGGGAAGAAGCAAUCCUGUGAGACAAUCGUCUUGGACUCGAGUGAGGAGGAGAAGGAUGAUGACGUGGUGGAGAUUCCAGUGCCUCCGCCACCUCUCAUUGAUCUCGACAGCUCAGACGAGUCGGAAGUGCCGAAGAAGAACCCCAGAAUCAUCCCACGCGGAUCCAGCCCUUCCAGCUCCAUUCUCUCUGACGAUUUCAUCGCUGUAAAGGAUCGUCGACGUCUUAUUGAGCCCAUGGACACGAUUCAUGUGGCGGAUGAAGAGUUGCGCACUGUUCAACAGCAAUCCAAGCCGCCCAGUAGUCCACAUAAGCGCUUAAGAAUUGAGGAAACUACCCAAACUGGGGCUCAAAAGGCUCCUCUAUCUGACAUCUCAACAUCAGACUCUGAAGACUUCUUGCCGGACGGCGAUGCGUCCCCUAAGCGAUUCUUUCAAAAGCGGAAGCGUCUUCCGCCAUCACCCAAGGAAAUUCCUUACAUUCUGAGAGGCGAAGCCCUCCCUAAUGCUGUCACUGUACCUAAGAGAAGGAGCAUCGAUACUGCCAUAAGUUCUCAUCGUUCCGACGAAGAGUUCAUGACGAUUCUCAAUUCAAUAGCCAAUGGGGAGACUUCCAACUCCCAGAAUGCCUCCAAUUCUGACCAUGAGCCCGUGGAAAUUGUUCACGACAGUCCUGACGAGGAGGCCAGAGACAUUGUGCUGAAUAUCGUGUCGAGGGAAGCGUCUCCAUUGGGUGUGUCUGAAGAUGAACUUCCGCUUGUGUCUGAACUGCCAGAAGCUGACUCAGAAGCAGAAUGUGAAGCCAUAGAGGAAGGUGAAGAGCAUUCAACUCUGUCUCACGGCUGGAAUGAAGAGAUGAGGCAUUUCUAUAAUGAAUCGUGGGGAGAAGAGUUCUCAGUGAAGAAGAUUAUGGAGAAGAUGCCACUCGGUAAUCAAUGGCAGAUCAGCGCUAAAGAUCUCAACUUCAGCCGCUUUCACAGGACGUGGCGAGAGCCUCAAAUUCCCAAGCUUGUCUGCUUUAUGUGUGGUGAGAAAGGCCAUCGAGAGCCACGUUGUCCCAACACGCUGUGCCUCAAGUGCGGCAACCGGACGAUGGUAUUCGGAACAUCGUGUUCCCGGUGUGCGAACUGGGCAAGCAGCUUGUGCAGUGAGUGUGGCACGCAAGGGCAUAAGAAGGAACUCUGUCCCGAUCUGUGGAGGCGCUACCACUCGACUAUGGACAAUACGAUGCCAUUGAAUACCGAGGUGGCCAACAAUGAGAGAAAAUAUUGCUCAAUGUGCGCCCGGAAAGGUCACACAUUCGAUCAGUGCAGUAGUCCAGUGAGAAUUCUUGAGUAUCCCGUAACGCCGACAAGGAUUGCUUCAUAUCAGGGUACCUAUGAGAGCAGCCAGGUGGCUAGAAACCCUCCAGAUCCUUUUAAAAUGCACAGGGGAGAGAAUGUGAAGUUUCAGUGGAAUGACAGAGUGAAGAAUUCACCGUGGUACGGUCGAUUCCUCAAGCAAUUCGACAAGGAAGAAGAGAGUAGUGCAGUUGAAGAGACAAAGGAAGUAGAGCCUGAACCAGAAGAGACACCCAAAAUCCCUGUGGACAAAGCAGAGAGUCAGAUUCAUCUCCACCGUGACUUCUCAAAUCACCUGAUAAUGCCUUGCGGUCAGGAGUUCCUUAAGAAUCUGGCUGAUGAACUCUUUGUGGAGGUAAAUCUUCGUUCGUCUGAUCAAGGGAACAUUUUGCGACUCCGUGGCGAGAAAGCCAACUUGAAGUCAUUUAGGCAGAGACUGUUUCACUAUCUGGAUAAGCUGUCGAAAGAGAAGGCAAAGCUGGAAAAGCGAAUCCCCCAAUCUGAAGGAGAAUUCCUGCCUCACAAUCGGCAGAAGUUGAUCAACAUCUUGGUGAAGAAGAUGCAGAUGCUCAAGUGUUAUAUUGGGAAUGCCAGGGAGUUAUUCACUCAAGUGCGUGAUAUGAAUUGUAGUCCGAAGUAUAUUUACAAAGCCCGGACGAUGCUGAAUAUGAUCCUGAUGGGUCAAGUAGGAUUACGCGAUGGUAAACAUCAUCUGAAGGCUCUAGAGUCGGAUUUGGCGGUGCUGAGGCACCAUCAGCAGCUCGAGAACGUGCCUGCGCCCAUUCGAAACCGCAUCAUCGUUCACUUCAGAUACAUCUUCACUGACUUCAAGCACAAGAAGUACGAGGAACUCAUGUGGCAAUUUGAGAAAUUGCUGAGCUCCAACAAAUUACCACCGGCAGCGGUGCCAGGGCAGAAGAAGAUAAAAAACUCACGAUGGGCCAAGAAACGCUUCUCGCCGUGAAUCCGGAAAAUGUUCAAGGUACAACAGGUUUUUCUUAUUUUUUGCAAUAAUUGAAUUUAUCAAAAGUACGUCCUAGUUUCAAAGUAAAAUUCAUUUAAAUCUUACCUUUGACUUCCCUGACGAGGUGAAGAAAGUUUCGUUCUCUAUUCUUUUCACACUUUACCCUUUCUGUAGAUAAAAAAAAACAUUAUGGAAAUAAAAAAGAGGUAUAUUUAGAUAUAGAUUAUGAAGAAACUAAAGAUUUUUUACCAACUGAGUAAUAGAUCUAAUAAAUGAUAUAUUGUUAGAA